AUGACAAAGCGUAUUCCUACUGCUCCCCGCCGACCCAACCUAUGCAUGAAUGCUGUUCUUAAUAGCACAAUUGCAGGUGUUGUUGCUCCAAUUGAUACACCAACUCCAGAAGUAGCAGCUGACACAGCCCCUGAAGUUCAAGUCGCUGUGACCCCAAUGGAUCACGUCCUUACCUUGUUGGCAGCCAACAAUGUGUCGAUGCAAUCCUUGCAAGAAAAUGCAAAAGGAGUGACUGAUGCAAUAACUCAUUUGAAGAAUGGCCUGAAUUUGUCCAACAAGACAAAUGAAUUUUUGAAGAACUCGGUCCUUCAGCUCAUGACUGAAAAUGCUGAAAUAAAAAAGGCAAUGACCAGCCAAAAUUCCGUGAUGCCUUCUGCUGUACCAGCGGAUUCUUCUUCCAUGGAUGAUGAUCUUGACCUUGGAGCGAAACAUCAUCCCUUGAUUUCUCAACUUAUCAAUAGUUACAUCAAGAAACCGAACUUUGUUAGCACAGACCCGCUCAAAGUUGCUGAGAAUAAUAAUAGAUCAGCAUGGUCAAUGACUGGCACGUAUGGCAACAAGUACAACAAGACACUUGCACUGGCUCUCUUCAAGUACCUGAGACCUCAAAGAUGUUGCACAAAUGUGUCAAAGACAGAGAAGAUUAUGGCUAGAAAUAAAGCUGGAAGAAGACGCAACAGAAAGAAGACCCUUCUUGACCAUCGUAUUAUCACGUACCAGACAUAUACAGAGGCUAUUCAUGAGGGCAUGAAUCGAUAUGAUUGCGGAAAUAUUCUUUCUAUUGACGUGAUGUCUGAUGGCGAGUCGGAUGGAGAUAACAAAGUGCAGGCAUAUCGUCCCAGCUGGAGAACUGAUGAGCUCCAGACGUUUAUUAGUACUAUUGAUGAACUUACUGUUAUCCGUUUGAAGAAAAAUUCAGAAAGCUUGAAAAAGCGCAUCCCUUAUGAGAAAGAAGUGAGCAUUCCCGAGAAUUUGGCAGUCACUUUACCAGAUUGGUGCUUUUCAAAAUAA